AUGACAGAGAAAGAAGAUGAUACCAAAAUUCCCGAAAAAGAACCACUAGACGAUAAAGUCUUAGAAAAAUUAGCUGUAGAGGAGCUAAUGCGGGAGGCUGUGCAAGGCGCUGCCAGAGCUGAAAUAGUAGGCCCGUCCGGCUGGGUCAAAACGUCGCAACAGAAAACUAAUAAACGUUUCCUCGUCAACACGCUGCGGAAUGCUGUGAGUUCCAACAAGUACCACAGCUCGCGACAUAGCCGCAAACCCUACAGUCGGUCGCCCAAACACGACCGACACCAAGAACCCUCUAUUAAAAAGGACAAAUCAAAAAGCAAACACUAA